UGGCAGGGAAUCCUCUUCCUACACAAGGGCUACUACAAAGGUGCUGUGUUUCAAUUUAUCCUCAAGCUUGACGGUUGUCCUGAGACGCUGCCGCAAGUUGUCUUCCUGAGCGACGUCUGGCAUCCUCUUGUCAAUAAGGAGGGGCAACUCAACUUGGCCGCUAUCCUCAGAACCGAUCGGCCUAGAGACACGGAUGCAGCUGACUAUGACUCGCAACAUAGUAUAACACAGACGUUAUUCGCCAUCAAGACUAGCUUCAAGACGGCCGUCCUCGACCGCAUUGCAGAAGCAGACGCGUAUAAUGUGGAUGCAUAUAGCGCUUACAAGGAGCAAGUGAGCUUGUUUGCGCAACUCGCAAAGCAAUGCGUCCAGGUAUCGACGUCAAGAGCUGUUUUGUACAGGGAAUAU